GAUUAAGCGUAUCUGAUAACAUCCGCAGAGCUUUUUGCCGCUCAGAUUUCCGAACAUGCCUGAAUUUCCCUUGCAAGCUCUCUUUGAAACUGCUCAAAAGAUUUCGACUUCCAUUCAAACCCAUCUCUCUAAUCUUCUUCCGCAGCCGCCCCACCAUUCACGGCCCUACCAUAAACCCCUUUCUUCCCCUUCUUCAUCAUCAUAUGCUACUCCUUCAUACACUGAUGCCACUUAUUUGCAAUCUGAUGAAGUAUUCAAAAAGCCUGCUGCACCUGUAACUAAGGAAGCGCUUGGAAGGGCUACGUGGACUUUUCUUCACAUCCUUGCUGCUCAGUACCCAGAUCACCCGACGAGGCAGCAGAAGAAGGAUGUAAAAGAAUUGAUGGCAAUAUUAUCUCGCAUGUAUCCCUGUGGAGAAUGUGCAGACCACUUUAAAGAAGUUUUGAGAGCAAACCCCGUGGAGGCAGGAUCUCAUGCUGAGUUCUCCGGAUGGCUGUGCCGUGUACAUAAUGUUGUCAAUCGAAGUCUCGGAAAACCAAAAUUCCCAUGCGAACGUGUCGAUGCAAGAUGGGGCAAAUUGGAAUGCGAGCAACGUGCCUGUGAUGUGCUUGGAAGCUUGCCAAAUUUUGGGGACGAAGAUAGACGUUGAUACUGGUUACAGCCUACAACUAUCACAGCGAGGUCUACAUUCUCAUAGUAAUUACAGUUGCAACGAUGUUUAUUUGUCAUACUUAAACAUUGCAUCUUCAUCAUACUGAUUCUUAUGCAAUGCUGCAACGUCAAUGGCUCGAUAUAGGUUUCUACUGCGUUCGAA